AUGGAUCUUCAGAAUCUGUCCGCAGCAGAGCUCGUCCAGAAGUUCGACAAUGAUCGAACAAACACUACCCUCGCUGAAGAAAUUCACCGUCGAACAAUCGACCCAUCCCUCAACGGUGAACUCUUCCAAGAGAUUAAGAAUCUCAAGGACUCUAUCGAAGGAGUCCCCAAGUCUCCGCGCGACGAGUUUGUAAGACCUCGACCUGGCCCUAAAACAUGGGAAAAUUGCAUCGGGCAACAAAAAUGCACCCCCAAAUUCUUGCGCUAUCCCAAGGGGCUACCAGACCUUGUUCAAGCUGUUAAAGAUGGCAGAGAACAGAAACUCAAUGUUAGAGCUGUGGGCUCGGGACAUUCCUUCUCGAAUAUUUGUCCUACUGAUGGAAUUCUACUCGAUCCUCAUGGCAUGAACAAGUUCUUGAAGUUAAACUCUGAGACUUUGAAAGAGCCUCCUAAAGCUUCAGAUCAUGUUUCUGUUGAGAGUGGAAUCACGAUCAAGGAUUUGAACUCGCAGCUUGAUAAGAUGGGGAAAGCUCUCGCGACUAUGGGGGCGUAUGAUGGACAGACUCUUGUCGGAGCUAUAACGACUGGUACCCAUGGCAGUGGUAAAGAUUCUGGAAAUCUUGCCAGCCUUGUUCGAGCUAUCAUCCUUGUUUCAGAAACUGGAAAAGUUUAUCAGAUUGAGCCAAAGGAUGGAAUCACUGAUCCUGCCAAGUUCGUCCCGGGCGAUGCUCAGGAACUGAAGCAGGAUGAUGAUUGGUUCCAAGCCGCACUCAUCUCAAUGGGCUGUUUAGGUCUUGUCUACUCUUACAUCAUCGAAGUGGUGCCCACGUUCUUCCUAAGCGAAGUCCGCUCAUUAACAACUUGGCAAGACUACAAGACCCAACUUGCAGGUGGUCUUGCUUCUGCACCUUUGCAAAAUCACUACUUCGAGAUUGACCUGAACCCUUAUGAGACACUCGGCCGAAACAUCGCCGUCACCACCAUCCGCACAGUCUCAAACGCUACAAAACGCGAAGGCAGUCGUGGUUUCGACAACUGGCUCGCUGGCCUCCUCGCCCAACACCACUGGGUCGAAGACAUUCUCGUCUGGAUCCUCAACCGCUGGCCACUCCACAGCCCCGGCAUAAUCACCACCGCCAUGAAGAGCCUCCCCGUGAAGCACUACAUCGACAAGAGCUUCAAAGUCCUCAACAUCGGCGCCGUCGACGACGUAAAAGCGUACGCCAUGGAACUAUCUUUCGACGCCAACAAGGACAUUGUCUCCAUCGUGGAUCGUAUCCUCGCGCUGUUCCAAAAGGCGGCUGCUGAGAAGAAGUGGUUUUUGGCUGGGCCGUUUGCUUUGAGGUUUGUUAAAGAGUCUAAUGCGUUUUUGGCACCGCAGCAGGGGAGGACGACGAUGAUGGUGGAGAUGGAUAUGUUGUUUGGGGUCAAGACUGGGGAGGAGUUGUUGAAGUUUAUGAGACAGGAGCUGUGUGAGGGAGAGGACGGAAAGGGUGUUAGGGUUCAUUGGGGGUUGGAUCUGGAUACGGUUGUGAAGAGAGAUUUGGAGAGGAUGUAUCCUGAGUCCGCAAGGUGGUUGGCUGUUUAUAAGGAGCUGAACUCGACGGGAAUUUGGAAUAGUCCUUUCACGGCGCGUCUAGGGAUUUCUAUGCCUAUGUAA